GCGGACAAUGAUGAUGAGGCUUGAGGCGGGGAAGUAGAUGUACUCGCACGACGGCGGCGUGUCGAGAUGACCGUCGGAGUCAGAACAUCUGGCAGAGCAUGCGGUGUAGUGGUGGGGGGUGCCCACUUUAUGACUGAUGCAUGACCUAACAUAUAUUAUUAAUAUUAAGAUAGUGUCGUUAUUAUUAUUUAUAAGAGAAACAAAUUAUUUACCCAUUGCACCACCUAUCCGUACAGCACAGUGGAAUUCUGGAGUGUUUUUAGCGAUCUCUAUUUUAAAAAUAAUUUAAUUAAUAACCCCGAGUAAAUCAUUGACGAGGCGGGAAAAAACAUCUUUGUGUGAAAUAUGAAUAUUUUGCUAUACAUAAAUCUAGCUAAUUUAACAUAUCUUAUUCGAGGUAUAAAAAAUGAUACAAACUAGUUUUUAUACUUGUGUAUAAAUAACUAAGAGGUUUUUUUCCGGAUCAACGACAUAAUAUUCAAUGUACUUACUGUGGCAUUUUUGAACAUGGAUACUGAGUUUGUCUCGGCGCGUGAACGCCUUGAGGCAUAUCCCGCACGAAUUAGUCGAUCCAUUGUGAGUUUUGACGUGUCUAUUCAGAUGACACUUAUGUGCGUACACUUUUUCACAUAACACACAGUUAUAAAACAUUUUUAAAUAUUUUAUACUAGAGAAGUUAUUUUAACAGAGUGAGCGAGAUAAUACGGAUGUACACCAGUUGUCAACGAGCUGCACUGACCGUCUGAUUAGUAGAACACAUGGGGUUGCCCGAAUAUCAAAUGCGGAGAUGUGUAGAAAUAUUCGGCCGCUAGUAGUAAGCGGCGCUGGGACAUAAUACAUUUUAUUAUUAAGGGUUCACAGUAUGUACAUCACACGACAUGUGGUGGCAAUGAUAACUAUGCUAGCCGCGACGGUAAUAAUAUGCUGCAGAUCUGUCUACAGCGGUCAAGACUGUUAUCUGAUAACUGGAGAUAACUAAAUAUUGUAUCGCCAUUCAAAUAUUUUAAUUUAUAUUAUUAUUGUUUUGAAUAUAACUUGUAAUGUCGCUCGCUAUCGCCGUAUAGCCGACAGUUGCUUACAGACGGUUACACUGGCUAGAAGUUUCUUAUUCACGUUUAAACGUUAACAGUUGGAACGCAUUAUUUACGAUUUAAAACAUUUUCAUACACUUCAUUUGCAAUGAAUUUAUUAAAAUGUACCGUCGAUUCCCGAUCACUAGUGCGUUUGGUACGUGAGAACUCGGAUCCUGAAUAUCCUCAGUAUACAAGCUUUUUAUCGAGGCUGAAAACAUUCGAUUCACAUUCGCCUCGAUCUUGUCAAGAUAAAUAUUCACUGGCCACCAGCGGAUUCACUUAUACCGGGUCGGACGACUUGGUUCAAUGUCACUACUGCGGCUUAUUGUUGGGGCAAUGGGAGGAAAAUGAUGAAGUGUGGCAGCAACACGCCAUGCACAACCCCAAAUGUGUAUUCGUAUUAUUAUAUAAAGGCAUGGAAUUUAUUGAAAAUGUAAAAAAUGAACUUAAUAACAAGCGUAGUAAUAAUGACGGCCUUCGAGACUGUAGUUGUAAAUCAGAACCAUAUGAUGUUGGUAAUAAUCACGAUAAUAGUAAUAGUCGAACCCAUUUAUGUAAAUCUGAAUCGUACGAUUUUGUCGGGUGAUCUUUAGCACCACCCAUUGUCGCGGUCGUUAUCGCAACGACCGCGGUGUCUCCAUCGAUGUCCGCGAGAUCGUGUUGCGCGUGUUAGGCGUUUGUGGUUGGUACAGCCAGUUCGUGCCACACUAUGCCGAGAUCACAGCACUGCUCACGAGUCUGUUGGCCAAAGGGACCAAAUGGCGUUGGUCAGAAAUUGAGCAAGAGGCGUUCCGGAAGUUGAAGGAGUCUUUGGUGUCCGCACCACGGCUCUGUCCUCCUCUUCCGGGUAAGCCAUUCAAUCUACAGACCGACGCAAGCGAAGUCGGAGUUGGUGCCGUGCUCUUCCAGCGGGGGAGAGUGGUGACAGGAAAAUCGUUUCCUACGCCAGCAAAAAACUCAAUCCAGCACAGGGAAGAUACUCGGCAGUCAAACGUGAAUGUCUAGCCAUAGUUUGGGCGGUUGACAGGUUCAGGCCGUAUCUUGAGUCUGGUAAGUUUAUGUUAUUCACAGAUAACGCGGCACUCCGAUGGUUACAGCAAGCUCGCUGUACCAACAGCAAACUAACGCGAUGGGCGCUACAACUCGGGGCUUUCGAUUUUGAAAUUCGGCACGUGCCCGGAGUAGAAAAUGAAGCAGCCGACGCGCUAUCCCGUUGUCCGGUGGGACCGAAUACAGUGGGACGAAGAAUCGUUGGAGAACAAUAUCCACGAUCCCCCUGUGAUUCGGCCCGGAGUGUCCGGAGAA